UCUCUCUCUCACUCACACAUACUCUCUCACUCACACACAGCCUGUCGCGCACAUCCACAUGCGCUCUGUGAGAGGACGCAGCCUAUCCGCCAGUGCGCUUCAACACGCUUCUGUGCGUAACGCUGAUUUCACCCCUGUCGUGCAGUUUGGACACAACUAUUCUGGUGUUUUCAGUCCAGAGUAGGAUUCAAUGAUUUAUAAGAGCAAGAAGACGGCAUAUGACUUAUACUUGGAGUGACAGUAUGUUUUAAACGGGGGAUAUCCAUGCGGAGAGCUAUAUCACCAAACACCGGAGACCAAUGGAGCGCAAUAACGCACGCGAAUGCGUGACGGCUUUCUAACGGAAUACGACUCGAGAACAAUUUUAAUUCAGAUUAAAUUUCAGAGGUUUGGAGAAAACAGGCUGUUUUAUGCUAAGCAUGACUUUUUGAUGUAUAUUUAAAAAAAUUGGUUAUGUUACGCGCAGUUUGCAUUUGUUGUGCGCAAUGGACUCGGUUUCAACAGAACUGAAUAUGGAAAUCUGAGCCAUAUAAAAAGGAAAAGGAUUGUUUUGUGCGUUUUCCAGUUUUUCCUCAGUCAUCAUUUACUGUAUUUGUGCCUUGAAGAUCACUAGUUGAACACGGGUCACUUUUGCAAGACAGCGCGUUUGGAAAGAUGGAUUUCUGGCGAUCUCAGCUAGGAAUUGCGUUUGUCUUUUGCUUUGUUUUGAAGGUCGGCGCAGAAGAAGUUAAGCCAUGUGGAGGCCACCUGGACGCCAGUGAUGCCGGUUACAUCACAUCACCCGGUUACCCACUGGAAUACCCGCCCCACCAGAGCUGCCAAUGGGUGAUCAGCGCUCCAGAAACAUCGCAGCGUAUCGUGCUGAACUUCAACCCUCACUUUGAGCUGGAGAGACUGGAUUGCCGGUAUGACUUCAUUGAGAUCCGAGAUGGGAAUUCAGAAUCUGCAGACCUGCUGGGGAGACACUGCAGUAACAUCGCUCCUCCUGCCAUCAUUUCCUCCGGUCCCGUCAUCCACAUCAAGUUUGUGUCUGAUUACGCGCACCAGGGUGCCGGUUUCUCCCUGAGAUAUGAGAUCUACAAGACCGGUGCCGAGCACUGUUUCCGAAAUUUCAGCGCCUCGUCCGGGGUGAUCGAGUCUCCUGGUUUUCCAGACAAGUAUCCUCACAAUUUGGAAUGUUCCUACAUCAUCAUCGCCCCACCUCAGACAGAGGUCACGCUCACCUUUCAGACCUUCGAUCUGGAGAACGACCCUCUGCUGAUGGGGGAAGGAGAGUGUAAAUAUGAUUGGCUGGACGUGUGGGACGGCCUUCCACAAGUGGGUCCCCUGAUUGGACGAUAUUGUGGGACUAAAAUUCCUCCAGAGAUUCAGUCUUCAACGGGACUUCUGUCUUUGUCUUUCCACACUGACAUGGCCGUGGCCAAAGAUGGUUUCUCUGCCCGCUAUAACAUGACUCGCAAGGAAGUCACUGACACAUUUCACUGUAGCAAUGCAUUUGGAAUGGAGUCUGCUAAGAUCUCUGAUGAUCAAAUCACGGCCUCUUCCUCAUUUUAUGAUGGACGCUGGCAGCCCCGCCAGGCACGGUUAAACAACGAGGACAAUGCCUGGACACCUGGUGAAGACAGCAACAAGGAGUUUAUACAGGUGGAUCUUCAGUUCCUUAAGGUUCUGACCGGGAUCGCAACACAAGGAGCCGUCUCCAAAGAAACCCUGAAGUCUUACUACGUAACAACCUUCAAGUUAGAAGUUAGCACGAAUGGAGAAGACUGGAUGAUGUAUCGGCAUGGAAAAAACCAUAAGAUUUUUCACGCCAACACUGACCCAUCAGAAGUGGUUUUGAAUCGCAUUCCUCAGCCUGUUCUGGCCCGCUUUGUUCGAAUCCGACCACAGACGUGGAAUAAUGGCAUUGCUCUACGCUUUGAGCUCUAUGGCUGCCAAAUUACAGAUGCCCCUUGUUCUGAACUCCAGGGAAUGCUAUCUGGGCUCCUCCCUGAUUCCCAGAUCUCAGCCUCCUCGGUUCGGGACCUCCACUGGACGCCAGGAGUUGCCCGUCUGGUUGCCAGCAGAUCAGGAUGGUUUCCUAGUCCUGCCCAGCCUAUUGCAGGAGAGGAAUGGCUCCAGGUGGACCUUGGCACACCCAAAACAGUACGAGGAGUAAUUACUCAAGGUGCCCGAAGCGUAGAGGGAGGAACAACCUCGGAGAACAGGGCCUUCGUCCGGAAGUACCGCAUCGCAUAUAGCCUGAAUACAAAAGACUGGAACUUUGUAAUGGACAGCAAAACUAGCAUGCCUAAGGUUUUCGAGGGGAACACGCACUACGACACCCCAGAGCUCAGACGGUUUGAGGAGCUGACCGCCCAGUUCAUCCGGAUCUAUCCGGAACGCUGGUCUCCGGCAGGCAUCGGAAUGAGAAUGGAAGUUCUUGGCUGUAAUCUGCCAGAAACCUCCACGCCAGUUAUGGAGACAUCGAAACCCACUCGGCCGUCUCCUUUGGAAACCAGCACCACCCAGAAAACCAGUCCAGUAACCAGCGCAGCGUUGCCGUCUCACAAAGGGCUGUGCGAUUUUGAGCAAGGAUUGUGCGGUUGGACUCCCGACCUGGAUUCCGACCUCAGCUGGGUUCUUCACAGCUCCAGCAAAACCACAGCCUUGGGCCAGAGUCAAGAUCUCUCUAUGGGCUCCAACAAUUUGGGCAACUAUCUGUACAUUGAAGCCAGUCCUGAGACUGUGGAUAAAAAAGCUCGGCUGGUCAGUCCCAGUGUGGAUCCGGACACCGGACCUAUCUGCCUGAUGUUCUCCUAUCAGCUGGAGGAUCAUGGAACCCUGAAGGUUCUGCUGCGGAUCAAAGAUCAAGAGGAUACCAUCAUAUGGGCCCUUCAUGGAGACCAGGGGCCCACGUGGAAUGAAGGACGCACCAUCGUACCUCGGUCUCCAAAUGAAUUUCAGGUUGUAAUCGAAGGGUAUUUCGAGGGCCCCAAGGGUCACAUCUGGAUCGACAACAUCCACAUGAGUGUGAACACACCAUUGGAGGAGUGUACUCGGCCUUUCACGGCAUUCCCUCCGGACAAGACCGGGGGACCCCUGCCUGGCAAGAGUGAGCCGACAGAUACGAUGUUAGUACUGCCCACUUUGCCCAACUGGUAUUACAUAAUGGCAGGUGGAGGUGCCAUCUUGUUCCUGGUCGUUGUCGUCCUCAUGGCCGUCUGUUGUCGACGUCUUACGGCCAGAAGGAACCAACCCACAAUGGCCUACUACAGCCCCCACAAUGCACAUUACCCAAACGGUGGUAUGCACCGGUCCGGGGUUACACCCAAGUUGACUGUGUGGGUUGAAAAGGGAGAUGGAAAUUCCUACUGGUGAGAGACCUGGACUGAGGUUUAGAGGUUUGCUUGAAAAGAGACCUGAAGAGUUGGUUAUCGGAGGUGCACUUUCUCCUACCGUUAUGGUAUCUUUCCUUAACAUUGGAUGCCGUGUCGGAUGUAUACCAAAAUGAGGCCAACGGUUCGUUUUUCGGUUUCUUGUUUUCUUCUUCUUUCUGUGUCGGAUACUGACUGUUUGGGUCAUGGAGUCUUACUGGUGUGCUCAGCUUGUUUACCACGAAAUCACGAAAGACAGCCAGGCUGUCUUACCGGCUGCCUGGAAGAACCUUCGGAGUGGAUCUGAAUCCAACCUUACGAUGGACGCCAAGCAGAUCUGUUGCCAAUGACCUUAAUCACAGGCCCAAGACUGAAUUUGAUCAAGUGUUCUGUACUGACGUUAAGUCAUUGUGAUGGGUCAAGAGUUGUAUUGAACAUGCUACGUUUGCACUUUGAUUAGUCCCCGAGUUUGAUUACGAAUACCUCUUAACCUUAUUCUAGCAGAACAUGGGACCUUUUCCGAAAGAGUCGAUGCUUAAGACGAGAGGAUGUUUUCUGAUAAAUGAAAGCAUAAUGUGCUUUAAGGACCUCUUACAAUGCAAGCAUGAUAUCCUUAGUAAAAAGAAAGGGUAAGGGAUUGCCAAUAUGCUAAAAAAGGUAAGGCAGAUUUUUGCAUGUUAACAGCUUGAGUUUUUGAGUUAGGUCUGAUGAACGGAUCCACCUGAUAUGAACGAAUCUCACAAAGCCCAUGCCAUGCAAACACAGUGAACAUCGUCUUAAAGUCAAAAUCGCCAACUGUCUACUUAUGUUUCUGGUCUUCAUCAGUGCAUGUUUUUUUUCUAAAAUGAUUUCAGGAUGCUUUAAGCUUUGAUUUAACCCUUGUUGUUGAUACUACUAUUCACAACAAAUGGUUGACUUUAAACAGUGUGGUACUAUAGAAGAGAUGGCGCCACUUUGAGAUAAAAGAGAAUCGUGAGUGAGUCUUUAACUUGAUACUUUUUAAGUUCUUCUUUGUGUCCCACAUUUUUGGCCAAAAAAGCCCUGAUACUGCAUAGACGUGUGUUAUGCUGAGCAAACGCUUGCUGGUGUUAGGGGUCCAAAAACAAAGACAGCUGUGUCCCUUCCUUGUGUCUGUGGGAUGAGGAAGCACUGAGCGCCGGGGUGGGAGUGAACUUUGUCUAGAUAUCCACACAUGGUAGCAAUUUCGGUUCAGGAGAGAUCAGCAAUGAAUGGUGUCCAAGAAAAGCAUAUGGUUUUUGACAGCUAUAUGGAUUCAUAUAUUAAAUUGAGUUGUCAUUUGAGUAGAUAAUAAUCAGUUCUGUAUUGGGACAAGGAAAGGAUCAUUACAAAUUUAGUGGUACCAUGGUACAGUAAUCAUUUUACAGUAUAUACAUAUAUACCGUGAUCGUAUAUUCCUAUACCACGGUAUUUAAAUGGUAAUUCAAAGAAUAUUGUACUAUCAGCAUUAUAGUUGUGCCCAAAAACCAUAGCUUCCCAAAAAAGUACUUAAAAGUACCAAGCUACUGCCAUUGUAUUGUACAUGGUAUCAUGAUACUAUGUGCCAUUAGCCCUUUAUGUGCAUCACUGCUGUGAAAUUUUAGGCAUAGUACCAUGGUAUUUUUUUAAAAGGACUGUACCACCCAUCAUAGUAAUUUGGACAUCUACCAUUUUUUUGGACAUGCACCAUGAUUGUUUAUGAUUUUUGGAAGUACCACCAGUGUUCAAAUUAUGUCAAAGAUUAUGGGGGUCCCCUAGCAAAUUAGUUCCCUCAAUGCUUAUAGGAGGUCCAGGACCACCCCAGCCCCCCUCAAUUCGAACUCUUGAGUACCACAUCUCAUACGUUAUGUUAGCGUGGUAUUAUUAUGGUACCAUGUCAAAAAACGUUGUUCAUGUUGCCUGAAAGCAUAGUUCACCCAGAAAUUGAAAAGAUGAAAAUUUUAAUUUAUUUUAAAGUAUAGAGAGGUCUUCUUGUUCACAUGUAUAGUUUUGAGUUAGAGAAUAAAGAAAAGAAUAAGGAUGAUGGAGACCCUUGGCUCUUAGGGGUUUUUAGCCCUAUUUCCUAAUGCCUGGUGGUAAGAGAUGUUUUGGCACCGUCACGCAAUGUGCUUUUAAAGCAGCCACUUUAUCGCUCCGUUCUUCCCUAAACCGUGAUCACACAUUCUUUCUCUUAAUAUUCUUUAAUUAGUUAAUGGACCAGAUACCAUUUAUUAAAGCUGCUGUAGGCGUUUCGGCCCCCACCCUGUACCUCCUGUCAACUCUAGAAACUGCAUUAAUGAGCGCAAGUGCUCUCCGGAGACCCGCGCCUGUACCGUGCGUCACCCGACCGGGAUUAAUGCCAAACUGCCAUUCUUCUCUGCCCUCAAAUGCGCCAUUUACACAACACUGUGAAUAUAGUGAAACAGGACUGCGUUUAACGUUAGCGCCCCUGCGGAUGUGUCCGUAAAUCGAAAUGACUUCUGAGCUACUUUUAUAUACGGGUGUCGUAGAAGACCUGAAGUAAGGUGGGCUUCAGACAGGCAAGCUCGCACAUCGAUUUCUUCGCCUUCAGUCUCCAACUCAGUCAUUUUCGGAACAAAGCAGCGCUGUUUCUUAAAGCCAUUUGAAAGUUAUGGGCCUUUUAUCUUACCGCAAAGCUUGCUGACGAGAUGGUGAUUCUUAUAAAACAAACUAUGAAUUUAAUCACGUUGAAAAUAAUGAUGAGGACGAUAAUGCACUUAGCUUUAUUGGAAGUACCUUCUAACUGUGGUCAGCCUAUACCUCAAUAACUUUGAAAUUAGUAAAUUGUUUAAAAUGCGAAUGUGAACAGAAUAUUUUUGCUUGUAUGAAUUUGUGUCUUGAAAACCUGCUUUUAAAAUGUGACAAUAAAAUCUUAUUUUUCUAAUCA